AUGAAAAAGUGUUCACAACAUCAAGAUUUUGAUCUUGAUAUUUUAUGUUUAGAUUGUAAUGUAAUAAUAUGUAAAAGUUGUUUAAAUCAUCAUAAUAAACAUACAAUCAAAAACAUAAAUGAAAUAAAACAAUCAUUAUUAAACAUUAAUUAUAAUAUCACUUACAGUAACGAUGAUGUUGAUGACUCUGAUGACUCUGAUGAUAAUGAUGAUAAUAAUAAAAAUGAAAAUAAUAACAAUAAUAAUAAUAGUACUAAAGAGAAUAAUGUUUUCCAAGAGAGAUUACAAUGGCUGUGGAACCAAGUAAAAGUGUCAACAGAGCAAAUAGAAGAACUAACUUCUCACGAGGAUAGAAUCACCGAACAAUUUCAAAUGUACUUUGAAAUGCUGAUGUUGGAGGAACGUCGAUUAAAGAAACCAAUCGUUGAUGAAAUCGACAAUGUUAAACAACAUCUUGAUAAUUAUAUCAAAGAGAUACAAUCAUUAUACAACAUCAUUCAACAACAAAUAAAACAAACAUCAACAAAAGUAGUAGAAGAAGUAGAAGAAGAUCAUAAACAAAUAGAAAAGGAGAUCAAAGAAGAUAUAACCAUCAACUAUGAGCUACCUGCAAUAAUAGAGUCAUUAGAACAAUCAGAAUCAUUAGAUCAAUUCAUUCAUCAUAAUAGUAAUACAAUCUUUUAUGUUAACAAACAAAUUAGUAAAAAUGACAAUAAUUUUAACAACAAUAACGAUAAUAAUGACAAUCAUAAUGAAUGUACUAUUUUAGAUAUCAUUGAAAAUCAUAACAUUCAAUACAAAAAGAAAAAUAGUGAAUUGGAGAUUGUUGAUUAUGAUGUAAUGACUAAUGAUGAGAGAUAUCAAUAUACAGUCAGGAAUUAUAUCUUAGAAUCAAUUGUGGUUCAAUGUUGCCGGACAGAAGAACAGCGAGCGGCCAACCCCAAACACAGUUUCUUUGUUCAAAUGUCAAGUGACAACAAACCCGUUUUAUCGUUGCUUCCAAAAGAUGAGGAUGGAGUACUUCAAUCGAUGAAGACCGAAUCAGAUAUGAUCGCCAGUUGUUUAGACCAAGUGAAACCAACUUCCGUUCAUUUAGUUGCAUCUAAACACACCAUUUAUAUGCUGCAUAGCGAGCGAGGCAAAAAAGGAGAAGCCAAAAUCAUAGCUUACUCUCCAACCACCAAGAUCCUCGAUGACUGUUACCUGACAGAUAUCUAUAGAAUGCCAUGUCAUGUCACUAUGCUGAAUCCGGUGAUGUGGUACGAUUGCUACAGCAAUUACAUCUACCUCUAUGGCAAGUCAAGUUUGGGUAUUACUCACGCUCGAAUCAAUACGCUAAACUAUGUCUAUGAGGAUCUCUUGUUGCUUGAGGAUCCUCUGAAUGUAUUGCCCAUAGGUAUCUACACAGAUUAUCAUUCCAGUGGUUUGUUUACUCUACUGUAUAAUUCACAAUUCAAGAGUUUCAAAUUGAAAGAAUAUUUCAUCGUUGGAAUGAUCGGUCAAAUCGAUCAUACCAUUGCAAAGAAUAUCGUACCUACUUUUAUCAGCCAGGGUUACUAUGACAAAGCUAUCUACCUUUAUAUUGGUGCCAAUCCCAACCACAAGUUCCUCAAGAUCGACAUUUCCAAUUUCCCAGAUGUCGACCCCACUACCAAAGAGUUGAAAACCAUUGACCCCAAUGAAAAUGUUAAAGCACUAUUAAACAACCGUCUUUUAUUGACACCAAUGGCAUUUGACAACGAUAACAAAGAAAUCUAUCUUUUCACAGAGAAUCAAUGUUUUGUAUAUUCAAUCAAAGAAAACGUUUGGAGAAAAUGGAAACAUCAACCAUCACAUGGAAAGUUAUUGGUAUUCAGUGACUUUAAAAUUUAA